CCUUCGUCAAGGUGAGGGUCCCUAAGUCUAGUCAAUGGCAGCUUCUGAAUGUGAGGUUUAAGCACAGGCUUAAAUGGCAAUAGGUGGACAAAGGACCUAGCAAGUCCCCUGAUUUUUUUUAUUUUUCCUUUUCCUUUUUCAUCAGACUUUCAUCAGCUACGUGUGUUGAUGAAUAAGCUUUUGCCUGUAUGCGGAAAAGAAAUUUCUUCCAACUCUUGACAGUCCUGUCAAGCCAUGUCAAUACUGAGACUCUUGACACUUGGACUAUUCAGUGUUUGAAUAUGGAAUAAUGCCUUCUCCCGCCUUGAGAGCAGCAUCUAGGUUGCAUGCUUGAUUGGAUUUGAUGCUUGCUUUGCAUGACUCCUAACAGUCAGUUUCUGGAUUUGUCACUGAGCAAGCAUGGCCCAGCCAGCAAAUAUGAACGGCAGCUCCACAGAAAAAGAUGAAAAUGCUCUGAAUGGGGAGGAUGACAGAAAUCAGAAGGACCCCUAUUUUGUGGAAACACCUUAUGGUUACCAGCUCGAUUUGGAUUUCCUCAAGUAUGUGGAAGAUAUACAGAAGGGAAAUACUAUUAAGAAACUGAACAUUCAGAAGAAGCAGAAAGUGACGCCACCUUUUGCAGCUGGCAAAAACGCCUCUGGCCAAUACAGCGCAUGGACAUCCAAUGAAUCUCUGUCUUCAUCCAACAGCGAUGAAAACAAACAUUCAUCUUCGCUCUUUGCAGCUCGAAGCCCAGCAGCCACUGCCCCGAGACCGUCCUUGUCCUUUGAAGCCUCUCCAAGCUUCCUAACUAUCCCUGAGAGCAAACAACUCCAGCCUCCUUCGCCGCAGCUGCCUCGCCACAACCUCCGCGUUACAAAAACUCUCAUGGAAACACGGAGGAGAUUGGAGCAGGAGAAGAUGGCGAUGCAGGUGACCCCAGGAGAACCCCGGAGGCCGAGGCUUUCCAGUUUUGGAGCCAUGGGCUCCACAAGUUCUCUCCCUUCCUUUGUGGGGUCUAGCGGCCACAACCAGAUGUCUCAGCAGUUUCAGAACGGAUACCAGGGCAAUGGGGAAUAUAAUCUUUACCUUGCGUCCUCUCUAGGGAGCUCCAUCCGCCACAGCCCCUUGAGCUCAGGGAUAUCGACACCCGUGACGAAUGUCAGCCCCGUGCACUUGCAACACAUCAGGGAACAAAUGGCCAUUGCCCUCAAGCGCCUCAAGGAGCUCGAGGAGCAAGUUAAGACUAUCCCCGUGCUGCAGGUUAAGAUUUCAGUGUUGCAGGAGGAGAAAAGGCAGAUGGUAGAGAAGCUCAAAAGCCAAAGGGUAGUCAACCAGAAUGACGCAGGCCAUUUCAGAAAGAGAUCUUACAGCACAGGAAACGCGGAGCAGUGGAAGCCCCUCUCUCCUGCCAGAGGGGGUGGCGAACUCUAUAUAGACUGUGAGGAAGACCUGGGGAGUGUGGAACAUAGCUCAGAGAGGGCGGAAGAGUUCAGGCAGUUGACUGCUGAAAUGCAAGCCUUGGAGAAGAAGAUCCAGGACGGCAGCUACGACGUUCCAUCUAACCUGCGAGGGAACCGAGCGAGUGCAACGAAAGAGAGCAGAUCGGUGGCCGUGGGCACAGAGGAGAACAUGAACGACGUUGUUGUGUACAACAGAGCUUUGAUAAAGUGCAGGGAUGUAGCAGUAGGAACAGAGCAGAAGACGAAAGAUUCUAGCGUCGGGGUGACGGAGGGGAUGCUUGGCUUGUCUACGGAGGCUGAGAGGGAACUAGAACUCCAGCAUCAGACCAUUGAAGCCCUCAAAGAUAAAAUCUACCGGCUGGAGGUUCAGCUGAGGGAAACGGCUCACGACAGAGAGAUGACCAAAUUGAAGCAUGAGCUCCAGGCAGCUGGAUCCAGGAAGAAAAUGGACAAGGCAGUGAUGGCGCAGCCCCUUGUCUUCAGCAGAGCGGUGGAAGCCGUCGUACAAACAAAAGACCAAAUGGUGGGAGGUCAUGUGGAUGUGGUGGAUUCAUGCGUGGGGAGCCAUCUGCAGAUGAGCAGCGUGGGGGUAUUGUGCAGGCCUCAAUUGCACAGUUCAGCCGUGGGGCCAGAUGUGCCCAUGAAUUGGUGGAUUGUGAAGGAGAGAAAAGAAAUGUCUGAUCGGUGCACAGGGAGCUCUCUUGAGAUGUGCGACAAAUGUGUGGGCACAGAAAGGUCCGUCUGCGAAACGGGGGUCAAUACGGAGGAAUCGGUGGACAGAUUGAGCCUGCGCAAGACGGAGCUGAAAAUCAAGGAAGUUCGGUCCAUAGGCUGCGGAGACUGUCCCGUCCAAGCAGUCUGCCCAGCAAGCAAGGCCGUUUCCCGCAGCACCAACACGGAGCCCGGUUGCAAGGCAGAUACCGGAGUCAUGGCGGUGCCUCGGACGGCAACCCGGGGAACCAACACAGUGUUAGAACAAGCUGACCAGUUCACCAACACGGACGUAGCUCCCGUGACAGAUUCCGGCACCAACACUUUCCUGAGCGCUUGCGAUAAACAGACAAACACUGUGGUUGUCGAGAUGAGGACAGUCGCCAUAGGAGAUGGAAGGGUCAAGGAUGUCAAUACGGCAGCUAAAACUCGUUCCAUUGGCGUGGGGACGCUGCUCUCUAGCACGGCUAGCUUGGACAAACCCUCCCUAACAAAGACCAAAGACUGUGGCGUGGGGCAGAUCAGUAUUAACGAGAACUAUCUAGUGGGCUUGAAAAUGAGAAACAUUGCCUGUGGUCCUUCUCCGGUGUUUGCAGCACCGCCCAGCACGAGAAGCAUUGGUGUUGGGGAUGACUCUGUUUCUGAAUGGGAGAACCUCGGGCUGGAUAGCCCAUUCUCUCAGCCUGAGAUGAAGACCGGCUUGGAUCACUACAUCGAACGGGUCCAGAAGCUCGUUCAAGAGCAGCAGAUGCUUCUGGCCGAAAACUACGCGGAGUUAGCCGAUGCUUUUGGAGAGCCCCACGCACAGAUCGGCUCUAUCAAUUCUCAGCUCAUCAGCACUCUGUCCUCCAUCAACAGCGUCAUGAAGUAUGCAAGCACCGAGGAGCUGCGCAACUUGGAUAUAUCGAAGCAGUGCGCGGAGAGAACUUCGGCAACAGACAAUUUGUUGCACAUUCCUCGUGGCCACCCUGGUAGUUCUCAUUUAGUUUCAAGUUCCCAAGCGUUGAAACUGGGUCAGGAGAUGGGGACAAUAAGCAAGGAGAAGACCGCCCUAUUGGGAGCAGAACCGGACCGAACAGCCUCACCGUCCCAAGACAGCACCAUGUCUCCAAUUAAUCUUACAGAUGACCAGCUGGCCUCUGGGCUCUAUGUAUGUGCAAAUGAGGGCAUGUUGAAGUCCAUCAUGAAGAAAAAGGAUGGGAAAAAGGAAGAGAAUGGGAAGAAGAACCUGCAGUUUGUCGGUAUUAAUGGAGGGUAUGAAACAACAUCGAGUGAUGAUUCAAGUUCAGAAGAGAGUUCGUCAUCCGAGUCCGAUGAUGAGUGUGUCGGGAACGCAUAUGCUCAAAUUGAAGAGAAUGGGAGUUUGCUUGCGGUGGAAGGACAGCAGGAGAUCAACACCGGAGAUGUUAAGUCUGCCGGGGUGGAAGAAAUGGUGGAGGCUCAAGAGACUGAGAUGGAGAAAGUGGAAAUCCGUGAGAGAUAUGAAUUGAGUGAAAAGAUGCUGUCUGCCUGCCAUCUUCUUAAAGGCAGCAUCGAUGAUCCAAAGGCUAUGCUCAGCAAAGAGAUAAGAUUUUGUCUAAACACCAUCCAGCAUGAGUGGUUUCGUGUGUCCAGCCAAAAGUCGGCUGUCCCUGCAAUGGUUGGGGACUACAUAGCGGCUUUUGUGGAGGUUUCACCUGCAGUCCUCAGGUAUAUCAUCAACAUGGCAGAUGGCAACGGCAACACAGCUCUCCAUUACAGCGUCUCGCACUCGAACUUUGAAAUCGUGAAGCUGCUUUUAGAUGCAAAUGUCUGCAAUGUAAAUCACCAGAACAAGGCUGGCUAUACCCCCAUUAUGCUGGCUGCUCUUGCAGCUGUAGACGCAGAGAAAGAAAUGAGAAUAGUGGAAGAACUCUUUGCCUGCGGAGAUGUGAACGCAAAAGCAAGCCAGGCUGGCCAAACUGCUCUCAUGCUUGCUGUGAGCCAUGGGCGAAUAGAUAUGGUGAAAGCUCUGCUGGCUUGUGGCGCAGAUGUCAACAUCCAGGAUGACGAGGGCUCCACGGCUUUGAUGUGCGCUAGCGAACAUGGACACGUGGAAAUAGUCAAACUUCUACUGGCUCAGCCAGGAUGCAAUGGCACGCUGGAGGAUAAUGAUGGCAGUACAGCACUUUCGAUAGCCCUGGAAGCAGGGCACAAGGAUAUAGCUGUUCUUCUCUAUGCUCACGUGAACUUUUCCAAAACACAGUCCCCGGGCACCCCAAGGCUUGGAAGGAAGCCAUCUCCUGGUCCUGCACAUAGAGGCGCAUUUGAUUGCUAAUGCACAUGUAUGUGUAAACUCUCAUGUCACCUCUCCCAAGCUGCUAGCAGUUGCUGUUUUACAGUGACAGAUAUUGAAUGUAACAGUCUUGUGCCUGAGCUCACCAGCAAACUGAAAGCAAACGCCUGGAGCUAAAGAUAGAGAAGUGUGCAGAGGAAGAGAAGUCAGGAUGGCACCUUUCCUAACAACGUUACUUAGGAUCUGUGUACAUAAUGUGACCAGGGUCAUGCAUGUGUGCCUGCUUGCCACAUGGACUGGGCAGACUUCCCCAUGCCAGUGCAGGAUCUUAAAGGUUUACAGUGAGGUAUACGGAAGUAUCUGAUGACGGGGCAAGUUGGUGGACACAAAGGUCGCUGUUAGCAGGACAAUUGCCGUAGCUACCAUACUUUUCUGUGUAUAAGACGAGCUUUUUUUAUUAUUCAAAAAGUAUGUGAAAAAUUUGGGGUGUGUGUGUCUUAUACAUGGAUAGUGCAUCAGGGCGACGUGUGAUAGGUUGCUCAACAAAAGCUCAACAACUUGGGGCCACCACCCCCCAAAAAAAGCUUAACAACUAUGGGCAAUCCUCUCCAAAAAAAGGUCAACAACCAUUUUCUUAAUUAGGAGUCCCCCAAAAUAUGCCUGGCAUGCUCUGGUCCACAGGGUCACGAAGAGUCGGACACGACUAAAUGACUAAACAACAACAAAAAUAGGAGGUGUCUUAUCCAUGGGGGCGUGUUAUACCCAGAAAAAUACGGCGUUUUCAUGCAGCCUUUGUGUGGCAUCUGUAGCUCUUGGAGUCUUCCUAGCGCUCACAUUUUCAGCCUCUAGGAAAUGGUAUGAGGUCUUCGCUGCAGAAUAUAAGAUAUCUUUAUUGUCAUUGUCCCCUUGCGGGAACAACGAUCUUCUGUUACCUUGCGUGCCGUUUUUAAGCUAUCCGUUCAGUUAUGACUGUACUCCUCCUUAAUGCACCUCUUGUUAGCUUUUUUAAAGGUAUGUUCUUUACAGAUAUUUAUAUUUGCUAAUGUUGGAAUUGUUGGCAAGAAACUCUUUUAUUAUAAAUGUCAUUCCAAAACAGUUUUGAGUGUGUUAAUGCUUUUUU